GGCGAGUACAGCCUCUGGAUGCCCUUGCCGCUGGGCCACACAGAUAGCAUUGAGGCUACGAGGGGCCCUGGCUGCUGCGCUGGCUUGGGGUCUCCUGGCAGGAGAGCAGGACUGGCCUGGUGCAGGAGCGUGUCCACAGCUUGGGCAGGCAUUGGGCCCCACUGAGGGCAGGAAAGGGUGGGGGGAAGGAACCUCAAAGAGUCCAGGGCCUUUGUCCCAGGCAACCUCUGGGCGGCCCCCUCACCCACCAGGAUUGUCAGCCCGGCAGCAGCCAGAGAGGUGCAGCGGGCAACCAGCUCCACUGCCUCCCGCUAAGAGCCCCCGACCCCUGUGCGUUCCGACGCGGGCCCAUCAGGCCGGGGGAGGGGCGGUUCUGGCUCCGCGGCUCCGCUAGGCGCAGGCCGGGCUCGUGGGGUCCCAGGCCGGCGCCCCCUCCCUAGGCAGGAGGCUCCUCAGACUGGGCGGCUUCUGCGGAAGUCAAUCGUGGAGCGCGGCCAGGCACCUGCCCCACGCGCCGCCUGCGACCGCGGUCUGGGACGCGCUUCCGUGUUGCUUUCGGGCUUGGGGCGUGCGUGGACCCGGGCUCUGUCCGCCCCGCUGCUCCCCGGAGCCCCGCCCACACCUGGGCGCCGCCGGGGGCGGGACGGGCGGGGAGCCAAUGGGGAGGGCCAGGGGCGAGGCUCAGAGUAGGUGGCUAAUGGGCGUCGGCAUGGGGCGGGCAGUGCGCGCCGCGGAGCCAAUGGAAGUGUGUGGGGCGGGGCUCUCCGGCCGUGGGCCAAUGGGGUGGCGGGCCGGGGCGCUCCCGCGGCGCUGUAGGCGGCAGGUUGCGGCGGCGCCCGGCGCCUGGCAGCAGCCAGUUCGCGUCCGGAUUCCGGAGGCAGGCGAGCGUCCAGGACAGGGAUGCUCUCAGGGCUGGCGGCCAUGGAGCUGAAGGUGUGGGUGGAUGGCAUCCAGCGUGUGGUCUGUGGGGUUUCAGAGCAGACCACCUGUCAGGAAGUGGUCAUCGCACUGGCCCAAGCGAUAGGCCAGACAGGCCGCUUCGUGCUUGUGCAGCGUCUCAGAGAGAAGGAACGGCAGCUGCUACCCCAGGAGUGUCCCGUGGGUGCGCAGGCGACCUGUGGACAGUUUGCCAGCGAUGUCCAGUUUGUCCUGAGGCGGACAGGACCCAGCCUCGCUGGGAGGCCCUCCUCAGACAGCUGCCCUCCCCCUGAGCGCUGCCCAAUCCGAGCUAGCCUUCCCCCAAAGCCUCGACCAGCACUGGACCGUGAGCCCUGCAAAGCGCUGGCCUUCAGCCUGGGGUUCCCUGGGCUGGCCCCCGACCCUGUACCCCCCGAGCCUGUGGGUCCCGUAGCACCAAUGCCGGGCUGCUGCGCAGACCUGCAGGGCUUGGAGCGAAGGGUGCGCAGGAACGCAGCGGAGCUGGGCCAGGAGGCCUUCUGGGAGCAGGAGCUGCGGCGGGAGCAGGCCCGGGAGCACGAGGGGCAGGCCCGCCUGCAGGCGCUGAGCGCGGCCACGGCUGAGCAUGCCGCUCGGCUGCAGGCCCUGGACGCCCAGACCCGCGCCCUGGAGGCCGAGUUACUUAUGGCCGCAGAGGCCCCUGGGCCCCCCUCACCCACAGCGUCUGUCGCAGAACGCCUGCGCCAGGACCUGGCCGCCCAGGAGCGGCAGAGUGUGGAGGUGCAGGGCAGCCUUGCCCUGGUGGGCAGGGCUCUGGAGGCUGCUGAGCACGCCCUGCAGGCCCAGGCCCAGGAGCUGGAGGAGCUGAACCGGGAGCUGCGUCAGUGUAACCUGCAGCAGUUCAUCCGGCAGACGGGGGCUGCACUGUCCCCGUCCCCACGGCCGGACGGGGCUCCCCCUGGCACGCAGGAUCUUCUGCCUCCGUCCAGAGAAGAGCCCCUGCUGGGAGCCCCCCCGAGUCCAGCCCUGGUGUCCAGCCUGAGCCCAGAGAUCACCCCCAUGAGGCAGAACUCCUGGAGGUAGCAGCUCUCGCCCCAGAGUGGACGUCCAGUGCCAGCCCAGCCCUGGGCUCUGAUGACAUGAGCAAGGGCAGCCAAGGCCAGCCCAGCCUGGAUGACAGAAGGCAAGCUCGGGGUCACAGAGGACUCCUUCCACCAUGCAGUGGGAAGCCCUGGUACGCUGGGUCUGAGAUGGGACUCCUCGGAGCCCUAGGGUUUCUGCUGCAGUGGGCAGGGGAAGGCUGAGGACUCUUGCUCUAGUCCUUGUCAAAUCUGCGCAGACCCCUGGAGAAGCACGGGGCAUGGCCAGCCCAGAAAUCACUAGGCCCCAAAGGCCACAGCUCCUUGCUGGGGAAGAGAGGUGCACGGACCACCCUGUGUUCAGCCUGUAGGCAUGCGCUUGCGUGUGGGAGGCAUCCUUCCCCACGUCCGUGUGUGUGCAGGUGCGCGCACACACGUGUGUGUGCUGCCUUCCUACCCCGACACUAAAACCUCAAUAAACUGCCCCACGUG